UGGUUGAGCAGUUAAGGUUGCGUGUAGUGGGCGUGAUAAUAUGAGAUAGUUGCGGGUGUGGCGGGCGGUGGCAGCGGGCGGGUGGCUGGCCGUGUCUUCCCAAACAAAGAUACCCUCCCGUGAGCACCAAUUAUUUCCAAGUGUAGCUGUCUGGUGGUGACGGCCCUCACAUGACGGACGCGGUGACAGUGCCUCCAGGGCUGUGAAGGCAAGUGACCACUUUGUGACUGCAUUGUGAGGCUGGGGUUAAAAGAUAGCAGAAUGGCCCUCCCACCCAACUCGGUCAACAUGAACACUGUAUACAUGGACCAUUUAGUGCAAGUAGGCCAAUCAGGUCAUACAGGAUGGUAUGAUUACAACACAUUCAAUAACUUGCUGGUCUCUCCACCUAUGCAAGCUCCACAAAUAGCUAUUCCUCAGCACCAUCACCACCAUACUCAAGAAAUUUUAACAGCACCACCCAGGCCCAAACCACCUGCUCCCCGACCGAAACCACGUACAACACCAACAGACCGUACUUACUUUUGUGAUGCGUGUGGUGCUACAUUUUCAAACUCUUCCAACUUGAAGUCUCAUGCCAGGAUACAUUCAGGAGAACGCCCUUUUAUUUGUCAAGAGUGUGGUGCAUCUUUUGUUCAGAGUUCAAAUUUAAAAGCACACAAGCGCAUUCAUACUGGUGAACGUCCGUAUAAAUGUUCCGAGUGCGGCCAAACCUUUUCCCGUUCUUCACAUUUGACAGGCCACAAGAGAACUCAUACUGGUGAAAGGCCAUAUAUAUGUGGCGUAUGUGAAGAUUCAUUUGUCACUAGUACACACUUGAGAAAUCAUAUGCGAAAACAUACAGGGGAAAGGCCAUUUGCUUGCCAGAUAUGCAAGGCUGCUUUUGCACAAAAUGCUUCUUUACAAAUUCAUUUGCGCAUUCAUACUGGAGAAAGGCCUUAUAAGUGUGCUCUCUGUGCUGCUGCCUUUCGCUCAAAAGGAGACUUACGAAGUCAUCGUAAACUUCAUACUGAUGAGAGGCCUUUUGCUUGUUGUCGAUGUGGUAAGGUUUUCAAAACAAAUCAAUAUUUACAAAAACACUUAAAGAAAUGUGGUGCUCCUCCCACUGGCAAGAAACGUGGACGUCCACGUAAGUUACUUUCCACUGAUUCUAUGAUAUCAUCAGUAACCAAGAGAACAGUAAACCGUGGUGGGCGAGGCAGAGGACGCUCCAGGGCAAAGCGUGGACGACCCAAAAUUAGACCAUCUCGUAUUACUCGUCAUACAAAAGUUGAUGAACAGGGUCAUAUUACACGUGAUGGAGCAUAUUUAGAGGAGCAAAAUGCAUCAUUAGACGAUUUUAUUGAAGGUGACAAAAUUACAAAUGGUGACAUUUUAGAUGAGGCAACUACUAGUUCAGAGCCUCUACAUCUGCAGCAGCAACAACACAGUGUGGAUACUCAAUUGAAUUCCUUAGAACAACAGGUUCAAAUUCUUCCUGAUUUAAAAAUGUCUCCUGAUCAUUUUGAUGAAAUAGCAACUAAUGGCUUGGAUCAUGUAACAGAUGUGGACCAGACUCCUUAUAUUGCUCAUGUUGAGCACAUUGAACAUAUGCCAAUUGAAGCCAUGGAACGGGUUGUUCAGGACAUGGCCGCUCUUACCAAAGGGAAGAAGAUACUGGAUGUCAAAUAUCUCUUCUAUCCUGGUGAAUAUCAAAUCCAGCCGCGAUGGAAUGUCCCUCUUCCCUCAUUCUCAUGGCCUGUUUAACAUGUUGGAACAUGAAUGUCUCCUGGAUGAAGUUUACAAACUGAUGUGUUGCUGCAUUUGUGUGGUGUGCACAAAAAUAGUAAUAUAUUUUUUUAUUUUUCUCAUACUUUGGCUGUGGUGUAGUAAGGAAAACAAUGAUGAUGUCAUUAAUUCACCCUUGCUGAUGGAUGAAACGCCCAGUGAAGAUCGCCUGGGUGUCGGAAAUUGCCACAAAUAUAUUUAUACAGAUUUAGUGUCACUGACUUGUUUUUUCACUUUUUUCAGUUAUAUUAUGCAGUAGUAUGUAAUUUGAGAAAUAUCUACAGCAUAAUAAAUUGUGCAGAACAUCGAUACAAACAAAAGCAUUUGUCACUAAUAUGUGCACAAUGUUAUAAACUUAGAACAAUAAAACAUACAGAUUUUGCUGUUAUAAAACUAUAUACACACAUAUUUAUCUACAUAUUUAUGCACCAUAACAAACCACUAAAGAAUUCUAGUGAUGUGAUAAUGAAAUCCAAGCAUGGCAUACAGCCACAUGUUACAAGCAGAUGAUGCUAGCAGACAGUGUCACCUGAGGCAGCAAAAUGCUUCCAAUAUACUAUGCACAAUGAUAAGUCUAGUUACAACACUGCUGCUAUUAUCAGAUUGUCAUUAAAUCAUGAAUAUAAAUAAUUUUCUUAAGGAACAUGAGGUCCCAUUGGAUGAUGUGUAGAUUCGUGGAACUGCAGCUGUGUUCUGUGAAUGUCUGCCUCGAACAGAGAACCAGCACUGUGUUCACUCAUAUCUGAACCUUGUACAUCAUCCUGUCCUUCUAAGGUUUCCCAACAUCAAGAAAACAGGACAGUACAUCACUUUUGCAAGCCGCUUCCAUUUUCUAAUAUGACAAUUUUUGGCUUUAGGUAAUGCAUGCGAGCGAAAAACAAUGUUCUUUGUAGGAGGACAAGUUGUGUACAUAGCCUUUCUCACAGUUAGGAUUCUCAGUGACACCUCUCAUUGCAAAAUAAUCAAAAUUACAUGCUUCAUCAUUAUUGAGUGAUGUAGUGGGGCACAAGUUGUAUGGUAAUGCUGCGAGCUGCUGCAGCUACCCAUGGGCACCUUCUCAAUAAUGAGCCCCUCACCCUGGAGAGGUGCCCAUGAUUUUUUUUCAAUUAUCUUGAGAUGAUUUUGGGGCUUAACAUCCCCGUGGCCUGGUCCUCGAUCAGGCUCCCUUUUUGUUAUACACUCCCCCAGGAAGCAGCCUGUAGCAGCUAUGUUCUCUUGUAGCUUACGUUAUUGAUUAUUGUAAUGCUUUAUCUUAUGAUCUAAUUCCAUUAUUUCAUAUUCAUGCACAGAAGCAUAGGAAAUUAAUUGAAAAUUAAUCAUGUGUAUUUCAUCAUGCUUUUACCAAGUAUAUAUACAAUAUACAGUACCCAGAAAUAUUUUCAUAUACAUACUGGUAUUUACACAAAAAUAUUCAUUUUGCAAAUCAAUUUUAAAAUUAAUUAUGUAAUGUAUUAUACCACAUUUAAUGUAUGUAUUCCAGUAAUGAUACUUUGUUGUUUCCAAAAUGUAUAUUUUUUUUUUGCACUCAGUAUCUUGAUAAUGCCUAUGCACAUUAUAUUAAAACUUUCAACACAUGUUUAAUGGCAAAUGAUAAAUUAUUUUUGCAAGUGAGCCAUAUAGUCCAGUGGUAGCAGAUUUUAAAGCUAAUCAAUGCCUUUAUUGCGGGGUUUAUGACCCUGAGUGUUAUUUCAACUGUGAAAAAGCAUAGGUUUACUAAAAUGUUUACAUAUCUUAGUUUGAAUUGCUUGUCUGGAAAGUUUUAUGUUAGUCAUUUUUUUUAAUAUUCUUCUACAAGGUUUAAUCAUUCAACUUCUGAGAUUACGUCCAUAAUCUUCCCAGGUGUAAAAUUUGACAAAACUACAGUACAGUAA